UAUAUGUAUGUGUGUGUGUACCGAUUCCCAGCAGUAGCUCCUUUGAAUUAAUUCUCUUUCUCUUUUCUUUUAUAAUAAAAACCGAAUUCCAGCCCCCCCAGCGAAAGCAUUAGCAACGCAUUAAUUCAUCAAUAUUAUUUCAAUUGAUAUAUCCUCCUUGUCCUAAAUCCUAAUUCAUUAUCAUAUAUUCAUAUACAUAUAUAUAUAUAUGGCUCUUAGACCCACCAAGGUAGCAUCCAUAAACGCAGCUGCAGCUGCAGCAGCAGAGGCAUCAGAAUCAGAUUCAGAUACAACCUCCUCAAAAAUAUUAGUUUCAUCAUCAUCCUCAUCUGCAGUACCUAGUAUUUCGCAGCGUGCCAUCUCUCAGACCUUAAACAGCACAGCCAACUUAGCCAACCUCCUCCCAACAGGAACCCUGCUGGCGUUUCAACUCCUGACCCCAACCUUCACCUCCAAUGGAGUCUGCGACUCCGCCACCCGCCUUAUGACCUCCAUUCUUCUCAUCCUCCUGGCCCUCUCCUGCUUCCUGGCAUCCUUCACCGACAGCGUGAAGGCCUCCGAUGGCCGAGUCUACUACGGCUUUGCCACCUCCAGAGGCCUCUGGCUCUUUGACUCCCCUGAUCCUGCUGCUUCUGGACUCCCCGAUCUCACCAAGUUCAAGGUGAGGUUUAUGGAUUGGGUUCAUGCUGUUCUGAGCGUGCUCGUCUUCGUCGCCGUGGCUCUGAGGGACCGCAACAUCGUGGGCUGCUUCUAUCCCAUGCCUCGCCAUGAGACUCAGGAGGUUCUCAACAUUCUUCCGGUUGGAAUCGGUCUUCUUUCCAGCUUGUUGUUUGUAGUUUUCCCUACCACAAGGCACGGCAUUGGCUACCCGCUUACCUCUACCUCUACCUCUGCCCCUGCCAGCUCUGCCCAAUAAUUAUUUUAUUAUAUGUAUAUUUAUUAUUUUCUUUUCUUAUAAUUUGUACGUUGACAUUGUGAAUUAGGAUAUGAAUGUUUGAAUUUCAUCUUCUUCCUAUCCAGGUAGAUGGGAGAAGCUGUAACCAAUUAUGUUUGAUUUGGCAACCGCAACACAAUUAAUUAUUAUUUAGCAAAGUCAGAUUGUUUGAUUCCUUUGA